UGUUUCUUCUGGUGGUUUUGCCUUACUUAGAUGUGAAUUUUUUUACAAGACAUACAUGCAACAAUAUAAGACACUGUAACAAUAUCAACAAAAAUAAUAGUAAAUAAAAGUACAAUGCUAAUUAAACAUGAAACCAAAGAAUUAUAAUCGCACGGAAAGUGGAACCCUUAUAACACAUUGCGUCAACGCAACUCGGACUGUUUUUACUGAAACACAACAAAACACGGAAGUAGGUUGUCGCUGGUUUGUGUCUUCUGGUUGUUUUGCCUUAAUUUUCAUGUAAAAGUUGAUUUAAGAAAAACAAUGGCUGUGAGUGCGGUUCACCUGGAGUCUGACGCCUUUCUGGUGUGCAUGAACCACGCAUUGAGCACCGAGAAAGAAGAAGUGAUGGGUUUAUGCAUCGGAGAGGUAGAAUCGACCAGGAUCGUCCACAUCCACUCUGUCAUUAUCCUCCGCCGCUCAGACAAGAGAAAAGACCGAGUGGAGAUCUCCCCGGAGCAGCUCUCCGCCGCCUCCACAGAGGCUGAGCGUCUGGCGGACAUGACAAGCAGACCGAUGCGGGUGGUGGGCUGGUACCACUCCCAUCCGCACAUAACAGUAUGGCCCUCGCAUGUCGACGUCCGCACGCAGGCUAUGUACCAAAUGUUGGACCAGGGCUUCGUAGGUCUCAUCUUCUCCUGCUUCAUUGAGGACAAGAACACCAAAACGGGUCGAGUGCUGUACACCUGUUUCCAGUCGGUUCAAGCCCAGAAGGGCUCCGAGUACGAGCGUGUGGAAAUUCCUAUCCACGUCGUCCCGCGGGAGGCCAUCGGUAAAGUAUGCCUGGAGUCAGCGGUGGAGCUGCCGCGUAUCCUCUGUCAAGAAGAACAGGAUACAUAUCGUAAGAUCCACAGUCUGGCUCACUUGGACCCGGUGACGAAGAUCCACAAUGGGUCGGUGUUUACAAAGAAUCUAUGCAGCCAGAUGUCAGCGGUGAGCGGACCACUGCUCCAGUGGUUGGAGGACCGCCUGGAGCAGAACAAACAGACCAUCGUGGAGCUCCAGCGGGAGAAGGAGAGACUGACGCAGGAGUUGAGCGCUCCAUGAGUUGGAAAAACAACCUUAGUGCAUCUUCCGGUUUUGUAGGCAAUAUUGUUUUCACAGCAUUAUUCAGGAACAAAAUGGAAGUAUAUGUGGUUAUUCAGUUGUAUAUUUCUUUGUUAUAUGUUUAUCAUAUCUGCACCUCCACCUCUUGGGUUUUUUGAGGUUCUGCCUUACAUUUUUUUUCUUCUUUUUUUUCUCUUCUCUUUUAUUUUUAUUUAAUCAAAUGACAUGUCAUUUAACUUAAGUUAAAUUAGAUUUUGUUUUACAUUUGUAUUGAUUUAUUUCAUUAAUGGAUUAUAUAAUUAAUUAAAUUAAAACAGUUAAUUAUAAGAUUAAUUUACAUAUAAAAAUAUUACAAUGUUUGUAUUUCAUAAUUUAAAAAAAUCAUAAAUUUAAACGAUUUCAUGUUUAUUUAAUGGUGUCAAUAUUAUUGUUUUUAUUUUAUUUUUUUUGUUAAUUUUUUUGCCUUACAUUUCUUCAGUUUCUCCUGAUUAUCCCAGUGGUGUCUGUGGUGCUUAUGCCACAUUAUAACAAUAAAAAAUAUAACAA